CCUGCAUGGUGUGUGUACACCUUAUUUUGGAUUUUUUCUGUAGUCCUACUUUGGGGCUAUGCUGGUUCUGAUAUUGCCAUGGUUACCAACCAUCACAGAACACAGAUUAUGACCUACUCAGGCCCUGUGCCACGAGACUGGAGCUGAAAGAGUCUCUCGCAUCUCCUGACUCUGCUUAGGAGUUGGCAGCAAAUCUUUUCCCCCUGAUCAUUCAUUUUUCCCCUUUGGAAGUUGACGGAGACCUCGUGUGUCCAGUUCCAUGGCGUCCUCCUCCCCUAGCAGGGAUGCCUCUGACACAGAGCACUGCGAUUCCAAGGCCAAAUCCACCUCAAGUCCUUUUGAGGGCUGUUUUCCCUGUGAAGAUAACUUUUCCUGUGAGGAUAUAAUCUCCCUCGAAGACCCGCCUCCCAAGAUGUGUCCUUCAGACAGCCAAGUCCCUCCUCCCCAGCACAUGCUGGGGACUGACGGGAUGAGGACUCGGGUCCCUCAGUGUGACCACAAUCGAGACGACUCACGGUGGUGCAGCCGUCAAGGCAUCGCCAUGACCUGGGCCAACGAUGAUGACUUUGAAGAUUCAACUGACAAUGAAAAUCAAAGCAAUCACAAAGGAAAUCAGGCAAAUCACCAAGACCCCGCCUUAGAUUUCUUUGAGAUUACUCCAGUGGAAGACUUCAGACUCUGCAGCUGCUCCCUGGCUCAGGUCAGGUGUCAGGAAGAUGACGCAUAUCCAGACUUGCUCACAUGCUCGUCACCAGAGGAGGAAGACGCCCCAGUCCCAGAGACCCGCCCGGUGCUCAGGGACCAGUGCUGUGCCGAGACAGCAAAUGAGAUGACUGGAAGCCAAAAGUCAGGUGUUCCAGGGACCUCCAGGGCCUCCUCAGUGCAGGCAGAGGACGGGGACACGUGUCCUGACUCGCAGGCUACCACCUGUGUGAACAUGGGGCGGGCCUUCCGCUGGCUAAAGAAGAAGAUCCUCGUGGCUCUACAUCGAAGAGAGGACCCUGAGAAGGCCACCGAGAGCGGCUGUCACCGGGCACCAAAGAGAAGACGUGGUCUUAGAAACAACCGGGUUGCGCCUGAAGAAGCUCUUUAGUAACUAGGUCAGCCUACAUCCCCUGGUUUUUAAAUUUUUUGC